GUCAGGGUGGUGUUUGUGGCUGGCGAUAGGGUCCUCCUCCUACUGUACCAUCCACGCCCUCAGCUCCACUCAGCCCAUACUCCUCCCCGGGAACACUGCUCUCACCCCAGGGCCCUUCCACACACUACCCCUACCUGGAGGAUCACAUGGCAAGUGUGGCUUUAGCUGUGGUGCCAAACGCCUGGGACCAGCCCUUACUGCUGGGUGUGAAGGGCACCACCCCAGACCCUGGCUCCUACCUUUCCUGACGCCCGCUGAGUUUUUAGAAUUGGAGGGGGACACUUGUGAGGUGCCAGGUGGACUGCCAUCGAUGUACCAGAAGGCCCAUGAGGAGAGGGAGAAGAGUGUACAGGACUGGCAGAAGACGGUGAAGGAUGCCCACCUGAACAAAGAGUGGUGGCGUCAGUUCCAGGCUCUGGUGGAGCAGAAGUUCCAUGAUUGGCUGUUGGAGUCGGGACACAGACAUGGGCUGGAAAGCCUUAUCCCCCCCUGCAUCACUUCCCAGGACCCCUCACACAGCGACAGCCUGGAGGCCGGGCCAAAUGACACCAGGCAGGAAGGGACAUCUAGAUGGACAGUGGGGAGGACACCUUUUGCCUUGCUGACUUUUAGGGUUCUUGUUGAUGGAGAUCCCCAUACAAAGAAGCUUUUGCCUCACAGUCAGCUGUUUGCUUCACAGCCACUGGUAGCACUAAGCCCUUUGUUUGCAUGCUGUCCACAGUUCCAGGCAGGCCUGGAUCUGAUCUGAGGAUCACUAGACUGCAGAAGGGUGGCCUGGUAUACACCUCUGGCUCUGUUCUCGCCCCCUGUAUGCUGUCUCGCCCUCCACUGCUGCAUUCCUUCAUCUAGUUGAGACUGGUGCAUCCAGAUUCUCUACCCUUGCACACUCACUCUCAUGGAUUUACCAAUGGUGGGGAUGGUAGAGAAUCAGGACACAGGCAGUGGUCCUAGAGUACUUGGGGUACGACUACAGGGUACCUAUUGUUAGCCACUCAGGUUAGAUCUGCCUAGAGUCUGGUUCUUCUGCUGUGUGUACUGUACCAAUUAAAUAAUAGGGAAUCAUUUAACUGUCUGUUAAAUUCAGAGAUUGACCUUCCAGUAUAGGGGAAAGAUGUAUUAAUGUGUAUGAUAUUAAGUUGUUAAUAUGUAUUUUCUGGUAGCGUAGGAGAGAGGGUGUGAUGAAUUUAAAGAUGUAUUAAUGUGUAUGAUAUUAAGUUGUUAAUAUGUAUUUUCUGGUAGCGUAGGAGAGAGGGUGUGAUGAAUUUAAAGAUGUAUUAAUGUGUAUGAUAUUAAGUUGUUAAUAUGUAUUGUCUGGUAGCGUAGGAGAGAGGGUGUGAUGAAUUUAAAGAUGUAUUAAUGUGUAUGAUAUUAAGUUGUUAAUAUGUAUUUUCUGGUAGCGUAGGAGAGAGGGUGUGAUGAAUUUAAAGAUGUAUUAAUGUAUACAUAUGAUAUUAAGUUGUUAAUAUGUAUUGUCUGGUAGCGUAGGAGAGAGGGUGUGAUGAAUUUAAAGAUGUAUUAAUGUAUACAUAUGAUAUUAAGUUGUUAAUAUGUAUUGUCUGGUAGCCUAGGAGAGAGGGUGUGAUGAAUUUAAAGAUAUAUUAAUGUGUAUGAUAAGUUGUUAAUAUGUAUUUUCUGGUAGCGUUGGAGAGAGGGUGUGAUGAAUUUAAAGGCCUGUGCCAAAUUACAAGGAAUGGAAUACCUUUAGCACCUGAGUGCCAAUCUGUUUGUGCUGUCAUGGCAACUCCUUAUCACUCAUUGUCAUGUCAAACUGUUUCAAAAUGUUUGACUUUGGCAAUGGGGUUGGCAAGAGCACAAACCGAUCUGGGACCAGGCUAGUACGUCCCUCAGAUGGGACUUUGGUCUGUAGACUAUAAUAGCCACCUCGAAGAAGAUGGCAGAACACAUUAGUGUUAUGAGAAGAGAAAGAUGCCUUUGAGGGAGCAGUUAUAUUCCGUUACAUGGGCCAUUCAGUUAUAUUCCGUUACUGUGUACUAUUAAAAUAAGCCUAGCAUGCUCCAGAGAAUGCUGAUGUUGCUAGGUAACCAGGUAUUUCUCUUCCUUAUUAGUAAUUUGCUUUGCUUCUUCGGCCAGUGUGGAUGGAUGAGAUUGUAUUAUUGUUCUUCUGCCUUGCUGCUGUAGGUUAGUUCUCAGGGACUUCCCCUGUGUAUGGCCUCUUUAUUGUUAUGUCAUCUUAUUGUGUUACUUUUUAUUUGAUAUUUUACCUUAGUUUCUUUAGCAAAUAUUUUCCUAACUCUAUUUCUUGAACUGCGUUGUUGGUUAAGGGCUUGUAAGUAAGCAUUUCACGGUAAGGUCUGUUGUAUUCUGCGAAUGUGACAAAUACAAAUUGAUUUGAUUUGCCUUUCAAUUAAAUUGCACUAUGUCGGCCUACCUACAUGUUACAAUGGAAAUUAUUUUCAAUGUUUUCUAAGAGCACAAUUUUGUUUAGUUCUCUUUUUUCUUUAGUCAUGAAUAAACUAUUCAUUUUUGCCUUGA